AUGGCCACGCACAACUACGCCAAGGAGCCCAUCGCCAUCAUAGGCUCAUCCUGCCGCUUCCCCGGCGGCUCGACCUCCCCUUCAAGACUGUGGGAUCUUCUUCAGAAGCCUCGCGAUCUGCUUCAGGAGUUCGACCCGGAGCGCAUCAGUCUCAACCGAUUCUACCACCGUGACGGCGAGCACCACGGUUCGACAAACGUCACAAACAAAUCAUACACCCUCGGCCCGGACCAUGACAGCCGCAAGUUCGACGCCUCCUUUUUCGGCAUCGCGCCCAAGGAGGCAGAGGGCAUGGACCCACAACAGCGCCAGUUGCUUGAGAUAGUAUACGAGGCGUUCGAGUCUGCGGGCCUCACUCUAGAGCAGCUUCGCGGCUCGCUUACCUCCGUUCACGUCGGCGUCAUGACCAACGACUGGGCACAAAUUCAGCUCAGAGAUCCCGAGACUCUGGCCCAGUACGCCGCCACGGGCACGGCCUACAGCAUCAUGUCAAAUCGUAUAUCCUACAUCUUCGAUCUCAAGGGACCCUCUGCAACCAUCGACACUGCGUGCUCUAGCUCCCCUGUUGCCCUGCACUAUGGUGCACAGGGCUUGCUCAAUGGUGAUAGCGAGACGGCUGUCGUAGCGGGUGUCAAUCUCAUUCUGGACCCGAGCGUGUAUAUCACCGAGUCGAAGCUUCACAUGCUUUCCCCUGAUGCGCGCUCACGGAUGUGGGAUAAGGACGCUAACGGUUAUGCCAGAGGUGAAGGUACAUCGGCUGUGAUCCUGAAGAGGCUGAGCCGUGCCUUGGAGGACGGCGAUCACAUUGAGGGUCUCAUCCGCGGAACAGGCGUCAACUCUGAUGGCCUUAGUCCCGGCAUCACGAUGCCUUUUGCUCCAACGCAGAAGGCCCUGAUUCACAGUACCUAUCAGCGUGCUGGUCUGGAUCCAAUCAUCGACCGGCCGCAAUAUUUCGAGUGCCACGGUACAGGAACACCUGCAGGUGAUCCCGUCGAGGCGCGCGCCGUCAGCGAGGCCUUCGCAGUUGCACCCGGCUCGAACACCGACGAUCAUCCGUUGUACGUUGGCUCGAUCAAGACCAUCAUCGGACACUUGGAGGGCUGUGCCGGUUUGGCUGGCGUCAUGAAGGCACUCCUCGCCAUCAAGAACCGCACUAUCCCGCCAAACCUGCACUUCAACGAGCUCAACCCAGCCAUCAAGAAGUUCUACGGCCCGCUGCAGAUCCCCACGGCCCCGGUCCCCUGGCCUAAGCUGGCACAGGGCGUUCCGGCUCGCGCCAGCGUGAACAGCUUCGGUUUCGGCGGGACGAACUCCCACGCCAUUCUCGAAAGCUUCGAGGACGCCACUUCGGAUCACAAUCCGACCGGCGGCGUCAUCGGCCCCUUGAUGUUUUCUGCCGCAUCUGGUCAUUCCCUUUUGCGGUCUGUUCAAGCUCAUUUGGAGCACAUCAAGGCUCAUCCCGAUCUCGACUUCGGCGACUUAAGCUGGGUUCUUCAGACACGCCGUACCACCCACCGCGUCCGCACGCACUUCUCCGGGUCUUCUAGGGACGCGAUCAUUGCCAACAUGGAGGGAUGGGUUGCAACCGAAUCCAAGUCAUCCAGCAGCAACGUUGGAUACCAGCCCCGCCUUCUCAACCCCAAAGAAGUUCCUGGUGUUCUCGGCGUCUUCACCGGCCAAGGUGCUCAGUGGGCUACGAUGGGAAGGCAACUUCUAGCCUGCUCCCCGCUCUUCCGUAAGACUCUCGAAGAGUGCGAAGAGACCCUGCGCAAUCUUCCCGCUGCUGAUGCACCAGCUUGGUCUCUUAUUGAGGAGGUUCAGGCCGAGCAGUCGUCUUCUCGCCUCGGUGAAGCAGCUCUAUCGCAGCCCGUCUGUACUGCUGUCCAGCUCGGCCUCAUUGAUCUUCUCACUGCAUCCGGCGUCGUAUUUGAUGCCGUAGUCGGCCACUCCUCUGGUGAGAUCGCCGCUGUCUACGCAUCGGGUAUCAUCAACCGCCGCGCCGCCAUGCAGAUCGCCUACUACCGCGGCCUCCACGCCCGCCUCGCAAAGGGUGCCAAAGGUCAGAAGGGCGCUAUGCUUGCCGCGGGUCUCUCACUUGCCAAGGCCAUGCUUCUUUGCGGAAAACCGCAGUUCGAGGGACGUCUGCGCGUGGCUGCCAGCAAUGCGCCGUCUACCGUGACGCUCUCUGGAGACGCGGAUGCCAUCGAGGAGGCAAGAGAGAUGCUCACCGCCGAUGAUGUCUUUGCACGUGCCUUGAAGGUUGACACCGCGUACCACUCGCAUCACAUGCAACCUUGUGCAGAGCCAUACCUCCGAAGCUUGUUGGCGUGCGACAUCCAGAUCUCACAGCCGAAGCCUGGCAAGGCUAUCUGGAGUUCCAGUGUGCGUGGCGACACUGAGCUGCUCAAGGGCGAUUUGAGCGAGUUGAAAGGCCCGUACUGGGUUUCGAACAUGGUACAGACUGUUCUGUUCUCCCAGGCCAUCGAGUCUUCCAUCUGGCACGGCGGACCUUUUGAUUUAGCAAUCGAGGUUGGCCCGCACCCGGCUCUUAAGGGACCUGUAGAACAGACUCUCAAGAACGUGUACGGCUCCGUUCCUUUGUAUAACGGCGUGUUGAAGCGGGGGGCAUCCGAUUUCGAGGCAUUUUCCGCGGCCAUCGGCACUGUCUGGGCCCAGCUCGGUCCGUCGACACUGGACUUCGAGGGUUACCGUGAAGCCUUCUAUGAGGAGGGCCAGGCGCCGGCACCAAGGGUUCUCAAGGAUCUUCCGACCUACUCGUGGGAACACGAAAGGGUCUACUGGCGUGAGUCGACCAUGUCCCGUCGCUUCCGUCUUGCCGACGAGCGCCACCACGAGCUCCUCGGCCGCCGCGCUAUCGACGACAACCAGCGCGAACUUCGUUGGCGGAACCUUCUCCGCCUGCAUGAGGUGCCCUGGCUCCGUGGCCACACCGUCCUUGGCGAAGUCUUGCUCCCCGCUGCAGCUUAUGUGUCAAUGGCCGUUGAAGCUGGACGUGAGAUCGCCAAGGCUGCCGGUCGUGAUGUGCGCCUGUUCGAGGUCGAGAACGCGGAUAUUCUCCGUCCUGUAGUCAUCCCUGACAAUAAGGAGGGCGUUGAGGCAGUCUUCAGUGUUCGACAGAAGGAAGGAGGACCGCCUUCAAAGGAUACCCUGCGUGCCGAGUUCGCGUACUACGUUCGCGCUGAUCCCGCAGGCGCGUCGAUGCUGCAUGUCUGCAAAGGCGAAUUGGCUGUCCAUCUUGGACAACUGGCCGAGGGCGAGCCGAUCCUACCGCCUCGUGAUCUUGAGAAUCAGCACACUGUGGAUGUUGACUGCAAACGUGUCUAUGGCAUGUUCGACAAAGUUGGCCUGUCCUACUCUGGCCCCUUCCAUGCCCUCGUCAACAGCCAGCGCGUCUUGGACUACUCAAGCGCAACAGGCGUCUGGCCCGAGGACAAAUUGGCUAGAAGCGACAUGAUCAUGCAUCCUGCAGUCCUCGACGUUGCGUUCCAAACGUUGUUCGUUGCUUUGGCACACCCCGCUAGUGGCUUAAUCACUUCCGCGUUGCUGCCCUCGCAUGUGCGCCGCGUCCGCGUCAGCCCCAUCGUGGCAAAGAGGGAUGAGACUGGCAGCGUCAAGACUGACUUCGAGAGUUGGGCUGUCAAGCGUACCGCAUCUUCCGUUGUUGGCGACCUGAGCUUGUAUGAUGGGGUGUCCGGUCGCACUCUCGCCCAAGUCGAAGGCUUGUCUCUCAACAAGGUCGGCGAACAGGACUCGUCACGCGACAGACCCAUCUUUGCCAAGACGGUAUGGACGCACGAUGUUGCAUUGGGUUUGGCUGAGCCCGCUCGUAACGAGGCCGAUGAUGCCGAGUUGCUUCGCCAAACGGAGGACUUUGAGCGUGUCGCGUUGUACUGGGCUCGUUGUCUGGACGAUGCGUUGGUAGAUGAAGACCAAAGCAAGUUUUCAUGGUACCACCAGCGUAUGCUGAAGGCCAAUCGCGAAAUACUUGAACUGGUUGAAAAGGGCCAGCACUCUGUUCUUCGGCGGGAGUGGAUGGCGGAUGAGGCAGAUGUUCUGGAUAGCGUCAGCGCUAAGUAUCCUGACAAUCCAGUCCAGUUGCAACUGCUCAACGCCCUGGGCCAGAACUAUCCCGGCAUCGUCCGCGGAGAGACCGACCAGCUUCAACUCAUGAUGAGAGAUAACUUGCUGAACCGCUUCUUCACGGAUGACUUGGGCUGCGACCGCUCCAACAAGUUCCUCGCGGAUGUCGUGUCCCAGAUCACGCACAAGUAUCCCCGUACCAAUAUGCUCGAAAUUGGUGGCGGUGCAGGCGGCACGGCGUCGAAGGUGCUCAACACUAUCAAGGACGCUUACGCCUCUUACACCAUCACUGACGCGUCGUCGAUGUUCUUGCCUGCGGUGCAAGAGAAGUUCGCAGACUUCUCAGACAAGAUGCGCUUCGACACUCUGGACAUCAACAAUGAACCUACCGCCCAGGGCUUCGCCGCUCACUCUUACGAUGUCAUCAUCGCGACAAACGUUCUCCAUGCGACUAAGAACUUGUCGACGACGAUGGACAAUAUUCGCAAGCUUUUGCGCCCAGGUGGAUACCUUCUCAUCGCCGAGACGACUGGCAUCGAAAACUUGAGCAAGCCGUUCAUCUUCAGCGGUCUUCCUACUUGGUGGGCUGAAGAAGAAGAGGAUCGCCAACUCCGGGCGACCGUACCCGUGCUCCGUUGGGAGGAAGUUCUCAAUGAUUCCGGUUUCUCGGGGCUGGACAUGGUCGUCCACGAUCACGCCGACGAAGAUAAGCACACUGUCACGGUACUUGUCAGUCAGGCUAUCGACGACAGGAUCCAACGCCUUCGUGAACCCCUGACCGAGAUCGGCACCAGCUCAGCCCCUGAGGGUGGCCUCAUCUUCAUCGGGGGCAAGAAGCUGGCCACAGCCAAGAUGCUUUCUGAGAUGCAGAAGCUCAUCCCGCGGUCUUGGCGCAAAUUUGUCAAGACAGUCAACAGCUUGGACGCGCUGACUGAGGAUGAUCUCACUAACAUCGGAUCUCACCCCACCGGAACUGACAUCGUGUGCCUUCAAGAUCUUGACGAGCCCAUCUUCGCAUCCACCAUGAGCGGGGAGCGGCUCACUACUGUGCAGACCAUGUUGAUGAAGGUUCGCAACCUGCUUUGGGUGUCUUCCGCCACCACUGCCACCAAAACCCAUGGACCCCGCGCCACCAUGUUCCAUGGUAUUGCACGCAUUGCUCCAGUCGAGAUGCCGCACCUGAACUUGCAGACUCUUGGUCUCGAGAGCGGCGUCGCCCCGGGUGUGGCGGCGAGGCGAUGCAUCGAGUCUUUCCUCAGGCUCCGAGAGACGGCAGAACAACCCGAUGCCGAUGAGGACGACACCGGAAAGCCACUUUGGGCAGUUGAGCCUGAGAUUGAGGUCCUGAAGAGCGGGGAAACGCUCAUCCCGCGUGUCAUUAUGGAUCAAGACCUGAACGAUGUCUUUCUCGCCUCGAGUCGCACCGUCACGAAGCAUGUUGACGCUACCGAAUCGCCCGUUGUCGUGAUGGAGCCAGCCGGACCCACGGCGAGAAUGGCGCUCCAGGCCUCUGCUGACGAUGUCGUCGAGGCAGACGAGGUCGCAAUCCAAGUCCAGUACGCCCUGCACAUCCCGACUACGCUAUUCAACAGUGUCUAUCUCGUCUGCGGUACCGAUGUUGUCACCUCUUCUCCGGUGGUGGCAGCUCACAAACUGAACGCCUCGGUGGUUCAUGUCCCGCGCGAUCGUGUGGUGCCGGUACCUGCAGAGGCUUGCACUCCAAGCAUGCUCAUUGCCACCACUAACCACGUUCUCUCAGGCAUUGUGACGUCGUUGGUGACGCCUGGCAAGCCGGUUCUUCUCUACGGCGCCGAUCAAUCUUUUGCCAAGGCUGUGUCUGCCCAACUUUCGAAGCAGGGUAUCGUUGCGCACUUUGCUACCACCGAUGCUGACGCUCCUGACUCGUGGACGAAGUUGCACGAACAAUCUCCCUUGCGUGCUCUUCAAAGGGCAGUGCCUCACGGCAUUGGUCUGUUCGUAGACUGCCCUGCAUCCUCGACCGCCAUUGGUGAAAGCUUUCGGGAGUGUUUGCCUCUGGGUUGCCAAGUUGUACAGCUGGACGCGCAGCUUUUGCGCAGGACAUUCCUUGGCGACAAGACAUUCGCAGCGUCGUUGCUUGAAAGGUCUUCGGCCGAGGGCCAGGAGCUGAUGGGCAAUGAAACCGGCAUCGACAUCAUCGAAGCUGCAGCCUUGCCCAAAUCUAACGCUGCCGCCCUGUCAACCAAGCGCUACAUCACGAAUUGGCAGACGGAUUCGUCCAAAUCCCUGCCAGUCACUGUCCCAAGUCUUCCUACUGAGGGACUCUUCCGCCCUGACCGCACCUACCUCAUGGUUGGUGCUGCCGGCGGCCUGGGUCUGUCUCUUUGCAAGUGGGCGAUCGACCAUGGCGCCAGGCAUCUUGUUAUCACCUCCCGCAACCCCAGCGUCGAUUCUACUGUCCUCUCGGAAGCAGAGCGUCUCGGGGCUACGAUUCGCGUUGUCCCUAUGGACGUUACCUCUCGCGAGGUAGUCGAGAAUGUGGUGCAGGAGAUUCGCUCCACCAUGCCACCUAUCGCGGGUGUGGCCCAAUGCGCCAUGGUGCUGCAGGAUCGAUUCUUCCUCGAUAUGAGUAUCGAAGAGCUCAACGGAACCCUCGCGGCCAAGGUCGACGGAACUGAGAACCUGGAUUCCGUCUUCUCACGGCUUGAGGCCGCCGACCAGAAAGAGAAACUCGACUUCUUCGUUAUGCUUUCUUCUUCUGCGUCCACUAUCGGCAACAUCGGACAGGCCAACUAUCAUAUUGGCAACUUGUACAUGACCUCCCUUGCUGCUGCUCGUCGCGCUCGUGGUCUUGCCGGAUCAGUUAUUCAUAUCGGUCACAUCACGGAUGUCGGCUACAUUGUCAAGUCCAAGGAGCGUACCGACCAUCUCGCGGAGCACUUCGAUCGCAUCCGUAUGAUGAGACUGUCUGAGACCGAUGUGCACCACGCAUUUGCACAGGCCGUCAGAGGUGGCAGACCGGGAAGUACCAUUUCUCCGGAUAUCAUCAUGGGUAUCGAGCCCCCCACCAAGCCCGUUCCUGCAGACGAGGUAGACGGCCUCGAAGAGAGAAUCCACUGGCUUAAAGAUCCGAGACUGAGCCAUAUGACUCCCUGGAUCCCUCUGCACGGUGAUGAUGAUGCUGCUGGCAACGGCGCAGGUGGGGCUGUUGCUGGUAGUGUGCGGCAGGCAGUUGAGGAUGCCGAGAGUGAGGGAGAUGCGGUCGCUGUCGUCGUUGAGGCAUUCUGCUCUCGCCUUGAUGCCAUGUUACAACUUCCUGCUGAAAAGACCGCAGAGAACUCCCAUCGCCCGGUUAUCGAUAUUGGAAUUGACUCACUCGUUGCUGUCGAGAUCCGUAACUGGUUCUUGAAAGAGGUUGGUGCAGACGUUCCUGUGGUCAGAAUUUUGGGCGGAGACAGCGUCACGCAGGUCUGCACUGGUGCGGCGAGGACGCUGAUGGCGAAGGUCUUGAAAGAGGGUGGCAAGAAGGAGAGAGUGAAGCCUACCGAACUCCCUGUUCCGCCUCCUGCAGUUCCUGCUGCGGCCAAGGCAUAUUCGAGUAGCAGCGGUAGCAGCAACUCGGGCAAGGAAGAUGACGCUACCGGCUCAAUCAAUGGAAGCCAAACUCGAGACGCCGUUGAUAGUGAGACUACCUCGAUCUCCAACGACAAUGACCCCUACAACAACCCCAUUACUUCAUUUUCCGAGAAGAGGAAGGCUGAGAUCGAGACUGUCGCUUCCGCUGUCGAAUCUAAGCCCGAAAUUCUUCGGGAGGAACGAAUGUCUCGCGCUCAAGCUCGCAUCUGGUUCCUCAGCAAGCACAUCACUGACCCGGCUGCCUACAACAUGGUCUUUCACUACCGCGUUUCUGGACCUGUCAACAUGAUGCGCCUGCGCCACGCUCUGAAGACCACGACCCAGUACCACGAGUGCCUACGGAUGAGCUUUUAUCAGCGCGUUGGCGACGGCAGACCAGUACAGGGCCUCAUGGCAUCGUCUCUGUUCGAGCUGGAGCACGUUCCUGAAGCUAGCGACCUUGACUUCAAGCAGGCCAUGGACAAGUUCAAGACUCGUGUCUGGGAUGUUGAGACGGGCAGGACGAUGGGCAUGACGGUUCUCAGUCGUAGCAGGGAUGAGCAUGACUUUGUGUUCGGUUAUCACCACAUCAUCACGGAUGUUGCUGGCUGGUCUCUGUUUCUUCGGGACCUGGAUCGCGCUUUUCGACUGGAGCGUCUGGGGUCGGACAUCUCCCAUCUCGAGUACACCGAGAAACAGUGGGAAGACGAAUCGGCGGGAUGCUAUGCUGAUCGAUUGAAGUUUUGGCGCGAGGAGCUGGCCACGUUGCCAGAGGCCUUGCCGCUUCUGCCUUCUGCAUCAGUCCGGUCUCGGCCGUCUCGCCAGGAAGAGGCCCUGGAUUCCAAGAUCCAAAGCGUCUACCGCGAACUCCCCCCGGCGCUUGUCUCUGCGGUCAAAGAGACUUGCAAGGCUCUUCGGAUCAGCCCCUUCCAUUUGUAUCUUUCGGUCUACCAGGUCUUUCUUGCUCGACACGCCAACAUCCAGGAUGUGUGCGUUGGAGUUGUAGAUGCGAACCGUGACGCAUCCUCUGAUGAGGCUGUCACUCGCAUGGUCGGUUGCUUCGUCAAUGUUCUCCCCGUUCGGACAAAUAUCGUUCCCACCCAAACAUUUUCUGCUGUUGCCCAGGCCGCCUCUCGGAAGGCUCUCUCAGCUUUCGCCCAUGCUGGUGUCCCAUUCGAUGUUCUCCUGGACGCGUUGGACACUCCUCGCUGGGCAGACGGCGACACACCACCCCUCUUCCAGGCCGCAGUCAAUUACCGCGCUGCGAGUGGUGGCUGGGGCGAGAUGGCUCUUGGUCGUGAUUGCAAGAUGACUUUAUGUCUGGAGGACGGCAAGGAUGUGCAGCCACCUUACGACAUCAGUCUUGGAAUCAUGGACUUGGAAAAGGCGUGCACCAUUGACUUGCAUUGCCAAGGCAAGCUUUACAGCGAAGAGGCCACACGAGGAAUGGCCGAUUCGUACAUCCGACUUCUUCAAGCGUUUGCGGCGAACUCAGAUCUUUCCAUUGAGAAGGCUCCGAUCUAUGAUGAUUCUUGUGUUACAGAAGCUCUUGAACUUGGAAAGGGUCCCGUAUUGGACUUUGGCUGGCCAUCAACUAUCUCCCAGCGGUUCAAAGACAUGUCCCAGCUUCAUCCCAAUGAGCCGGCCAUCAUCUGCGGUCGCUCCACCCUCUCCUACAGCGAACUUGCUGGACGUGUCGACGCAGCAGUCAAAGCACUUAGCCUCGCUGACUGUACGCCCGGCGACUACGUCGCUGUUCUUUGCGAGCCUUCGGUCGAUAUGAUUGUUGCGAUGCUUGCUGUCCUCCAGAGCGGCUGUGUCUACGUUCCUUUGGAUACCAGCUUGCCAAUCGCGCGUCACGCAGCCAUGAUCCGCACUUGCGAACCCACUAUGAUAAUCUUCCACCCUGCCACGGAACAGCAUGUCCUUGACUUGGGCGACGAAUCCAGUGCGUCUUUCAAGCAGAUCAGCCUUGACGAUGUCCCCUCGUCUGCCAAUGCCGAGACAAAUGCACCCGUGGCGUCCGACGCAGAUGCCCCCGCUGUUCUCCUUUUCACAUCUGGCUCAACUGGCAGGCCCAAGGGCAUUGUCCUUACUCAGGGCAACUUCGUCAACCACCUGGCACUGAAGAGCCAUGUCUUGUGUCUCGGCCGAGAGCGUGCCCUUCAGCACAGCUCUCUCGGCUUCGACAUGUCCCUCAUCCAGACUUUCUGCUCGCUGGCCAACGGCGGAGCUCUUGUAGUCGUACCUCGCGACAUGCGGCGUGAUCCUGUGGCGUUGACAACUCUGAUGGUUGACCACGGUGUCUCUUUGACAAUCGCUACUCCCUCGGAGUACCUCGCCUGGUGCAAGUACGGGUCAUCUUCCCUACGCAGCCACAAGGCAUGGAAGCAUGCCUGCAUGGGUGGAGAGAUCGUCACAGCACAGUUGAAGAGAGAGCUCCAGCUUUUGGGGUUGGAGGGUUUGACGGUGACGAACUGCUACGGGCCGACUGAGAUCACCGCCGCUGCAACUUUCCAGACAGUCGCUAUCAAGAAUCUGUCCGAGGCCCAGCCUGGCCAACCUGCGGAGUCUGUAGAACGGCAGCUGAGAACGCAAUUUGCUGUGGGCAAGGCAUUGCCAAACUAUACGAUCCGCAUCCUCAAUGACAUGGGUCACCCACAGCCAAUUCACCACACUGGCGAGAUUUGCAUUGGCGGUAAGGGUGUUUCUGUUCGAGGCUAUCUAGGUCUUCCCGACGAGACUCAGAAGAAGUUCAUCUCGGACUCGGCCACUGGUGACGUUCUCUACCGAACUGGGGAUUCUGGCCGACUUCUCUCUGACGGUACUCUUCUCUGCCUCGGUCGCCUCGAGGGAGACACUCAAAUCAAGCUGCGCGGCUUGCGCCUUGAGCUGGAGGAGGUGGAGACCGCACUUCUCCAAGCAUCCGAGGGCUUGCUUUCCAGCGUCGUCGUCUCCCGUCGCGGAGACAUCUUGGUAGCCCACGCGACUGUCUCUCCAAAUCUCUACAUCGACACGGCUUUGACUGACUCAGAAAUCAAUACCAUCCUUCGUCGUCUGCACGGCCGCUUGCCGCAGUAUUUCAUCCCGGCUGCCAUUAUAACCAUGGCUGAUCUCCCUACCAACCCCAACGGUAAACUCGAUCGCAAGGCCGUUGCCAGACUUCCUCUUCCCGAGACCGAUCCCGCUCAAGCCGAGUCCGUAAAUGAGAAGGAGGAAGAGGCUAGCAUGAACCACCGCGAAGGCGAACUUCGUCUUCUCUGGGAGAAGGUCCUUCCAUCUGCUGCUUCUUCGACCAUGGGACGCAUCGUACCGUCGUCGGACUUCUUUCUUCGCGGUGGCAAUUCCCUGCUCUUGAUGAGGCUGCAAGCCUUGAUUCGGGAGUCUAUGGGUGUGCACGUCACGACAAGAACAUUGUACAGCGCCAGCACGCUCAAAACCAUGGCUGAAGCUGUCUUUGCCCAGCGAGACGCGGACAUGGCCGAAGAGGUGAACGACGACGUUGACUGGCAAUGGGAAGCUGAAAUUCCUGACUGGCUCAAAGAGAGGGUUCAGGGGAUGUCCAAGGAGAGUGGGAAAUCCCAGCCCGCGAAGUCCAAAGGUCUCAAUGUCGUCCUCACUGGCGCGGAUGGUUUCCUCGGCGGUCGUGUGCUUCGAACCCUCUUGCAAACGCCCGCGGUCCAGACCGUAAACUGCAUCGCUCUCGAAGACGAGCAAGAGGGCAAUGGUAGCAGUCACGGCGAUAUCCGUAAGACCAUCGAAGCCAACCCAAGUAAGACAGUCAACACUUUCGGUGGGAGUCUUGCAGACCCAAAGCUCGGCCUCACCCCUUCCGAGGCAUCUUGCCUCAGGGAUACAGCUGAUAUCAUCAUCCAUGCCGGCUCCAGUGGACACUGUCUGAACAACUACGCUGCCCUCAAGGCCCCAAAUGUCUCUGCUACGCAUCGUCUCGCCGCGCUGGCACUCCCUCGCUCUGUGCCAUUGCUCUUCAUCUCUAGCAACCGAGUCCCGUUACUCGCCGGCAAUACAGAGCAGGUGCCCUGUUCAAUGGCAAAGUGGAUGCCCGCUGGCGAUGGAAGAGAGGGACUUACCGCGACGAAGUGGGUUGGCGAAGUCUUUCUGGAGAGUCUGAACAAGCUUGUCACCAACCAGACUGAAAAGGCCUGGGCUGUCGAGGUCCAUCGCCCUUGCAUCGUCGUCGGCGACCAGGCGCCAAAUUCCGACAGCAUGAACGCUAUAUUGCGAUACUCGCUGCAAAUGAGGUGUGCGCCUCUCGUGACCAGGGGUCGGGGAUACAUUGACUUCAAAUCCGUGGAUGAUGUUGCCAUGGGUAUCGUUGAGUCAGCCCUGAUUAUGGCUCAACGCAGGACUGGAGGCGUGUCAUUCAAGCAUCACUCCAGCGGAGUCAAAGUACCUGUUGACAAGUUCAGAGAGCAUUUGGAGCAGGAGUAUGAGGGGAAAUUUGAGUCUGUUGAGAUGAAGGAUUGGGUUGCUAAGGCUGGUAAGGCUGGGAUUGAUCCUUUGAUCACGGCUUACUUGAACGGAAUCUUGGAGUCGGAUGAGGAGAUGGUGUUUCCUUACCUAGGAGCUUGA